UCACAGUGACCAUUAUCAUUAAAUAUGGCUACCAAAUCCCUUUAUAAGUAGCCCAAAACUUUGAAAGGAAUAAGGCCUGCUCCACCCUCACCCUCACCCUCUUCAUGGAUUCCUCACUUGUCUCAUGUGCCUCAAGUUCCUUCACUUCUUCUACCAAGGAUACCCAAUCCUCUACUCUUUCUGCAAACACUACCGAGAACAUUUUUGAGCCCCUACCUCUACUAAGACGCUUGCUUAACUCACCCACCUCAACAGUUGAGGAUAAUAAUCAUCAAAGAGACUGCGAGGACGCCGACGAGGUCACAGUUGCAUUACACAUUGGCCUACCUAAUUUCACCAAUGAGUCCUUCAAACCAAAUGAGAAGAGAGAUGACAAUGUAGCCAUGGAUGUAGCUGCUACAAAGUUUUGGGUACCUACCCCAGCACAGAUACACAUUGGCUUCACCCACUUCACCUGUCAUAUCUGCAAGAAUACCUUCAACCGCCACAGCAACCUACAGAUGCACAUGUGGGGACAUGGGUCACAGUAUCGUAAGGGACCAGAAUCACUGAAGGGAGAAGAACCAAGAGCCAAGUUAAGCAUCCCUUGUUAUUGUUGUGCACAAGGAUGUAAGAACAAUAUCAACUACCCAAGAGCCAAGCCUCUUAAAGACUUCAAGACACUCCAAACUCAUUACAAGAGGAAGCAUGGGAUGAAGCCCUUCAUGUGUAGGAAGUGUGGGAAGUUGUUGGCAGUGAAGGGUGACUGGAGAACCCAUGAGAAGAACUGUGGAAAGUUUUGGCUUUGUGUUUGUGGGUCAGACUUCAAGCACAAGAGAUCUCUUGAGGACCAUAUCAGGGCUUUUGGCUCUGGUCAUGGUCCCUGCUUCCCUACUUCCAUUGAAGGCUUUUAAGAAGUUUAACACUAUCAGUCUAUCAGACCAGUUUAUCUUUCAUCUCCAUUCAACUAUUUAAUAUAUAUAUAUAUAUAUAUAUAUAUAUCCAUGAAAGGGGAACAUGUAUGUGUGCUAUAUAGAUUCUUGUAUGGAUAUGAAUGAGGUAGUGUAAGGUCCUCUUCUAUUCUUAAUCGCACAAUUUUUGUGUAAUUCUCUCGUAUAUGCGACAUCUGUACAUUUUCAAACUCGAAUGAUUGUAGAAGUUUAAGGCAUUUUCUGAAAAUAUACAGAUGUUGCGUGUACAGAGAGAAUUGCACGAUUAAGUAUUGAAGAGAAUCAAGAUCCGAUGGACUAUGACCCUACAUCUAAUUAUUUGUACAGGAUGUAAGUAGCUUUUUCUUACUUAUAAUAAUGUUUUGUGAAA